ACCAUCGCGGCAAAUUGUGUUUAUUUUGUCUUGUCAAGAAAAGGGGUGACAAAGGGAAAGAAAAAGUUAAGAAGGAGAGUGAUCAUGAGGAGAGAACACACAGGAUGAGUCAGCCUUUGUGAGGGUACACCUUCCAAUAGCUAUAUAUAUAUCCAGUACCUAUUUACCUGGUGGCAUGUCUCUACUGGUUAACAAUGUAGCACAUAGCAGGUAGCUGUACAGUGCUGGGACAUAGAUUUUGUUUAUCUGACACCGGUCAUGAAAUUUCAUACAGUUAAUUUGUUCAGGGUUGAGGUGGAAGUGAUCUGAAGAACUGCUGUAUCCUUCAGGAAAGUCUGUGCUUCUGCAUGCACAUCUAAACUGAGGUCAUUGCUUCUAGAUCAUCGGUGUGAGGAGGGCUACCAUGGUUACGCUUGGUCCCUGAAAAUGGAGUAUGAACCAGUGGACCAGUUUUGGAACUGUUACUCUUGUACUCUGACUAAUGGUGAGGACAGGGAUACAUGUGCAGCCUGUGGAAAAGAAAGACUACUGUUUCCUGGACAACAGGGUCCCGACAAUGUCAACGAUGGGGCCACCGAUCAUGGAGGCCCUUUAUCACCACAGGGAGGAGUCAGACCUAAAGUUUUGACAAGCAAACCCAAAGCUCCUCCCCCCAGACCCUCUCCCCUCGGAGGGCCGACUAAUCCUUUUGCUGUUGACAUGGAGACUACUCAGGGACAACUGUGGGAUUGUGGAAAUUGUGCAAUGAAAAAUGUGGGGGAAUCGGAUCACUGUGUAAGCUGUCUGAGACUGAAGGAGAAGGAAGUGAUCAUUAUAAAUGAUGACGAUGAGUAUGUUGUCCGAUACAACCAUAUCACAUCUCCAACAGUUUCUGAACCUGUUAGCUUAGAAGCUCCAGUAGGGAAAUCUGAACCAAAUGUAGCGGGGGCAAGUAAGGAAAAACCUGUGCCACAGGACUGGACCUGUAUACGCUGCACACUGAAAAACACCCCCAGUAUCAAAAACUGUUCAGUGUGUGGAGCACCAAAGGAGCUGAAGAUGCCAACCUUAGAUUUGGAUUAUGACCUGACUGAUAAAUUUCCUACCUCAAGUAAGCGAGGAGUACCUGAUGGUAUGGAGUCAGAGUCCUACAAAAAUAAACACAGACAUGUGAAGGGUGUCCCCAGUCAGGCAAAAAACGCUAAAGGAAAGGAUUCAGGUGUAAUACCCAAAACACGGGACAUGGCUGGAGUAUCACGGAGAUCAAAGUCAGACACACUGGUUGCUAUGACAGAUGAAUGGACUUGCAAGGCAUGUAGUUUUUCUUGUAAUCCUUCCUGGAGUACAAAGUGUACUUGCUGCUCGGUGUCAAGGCAGACAACUCCUACUGGCGGUGGGAGUCCUGGCCACCACAGGGCAAGUAGUAUUCCUGUCUUCCCAACAGACAGGCUUCCUGUUAUCAACCAGUCCUCAGUGAGAGUAGAAGAAGGCCCUGGGAUACCAUCAGAAAAACAUCAACGUUCACCCAGACCAAAUCAUAAUGCCCCAGGUAAGGGACUUGUUACUAAGAUGAAGUCAGAUGAUGCUAACUCUCCCUCCAAAAGUAGGAGCAAAUAUUGGGAUUGUACAUCAUGUACUUUACGGAAUCCAAAAUCUGUGCUAGCUUGUACUGUAUGUGGUGCUCAGAGGGCUGUGCAAUCAAACUUAUAUUGGAACUGCCCAAAAUGCACUUUAAAGAAUCGAAAAGAAGUGACUGUCUGCAAAGCAUGUGGAAUUAGAUUAAAAACUGAUACAGAUAGCCCUACUGGAAGUGGGGACAGUGAUCGACGUGGGGAGGAUGACAACACUGGUGGUGUAAGCAAUAAGCAGGAUCGUAGUGAUAAAACACCCAGGCAAUCUCCUGCCGGGAAAAGAGCAGGAAGGGAAUCAGUUGUGAUGGAAGAUUCACAGAAGAUAACACCAGAAGGAAAACCAGGAGAAAGGAGGUCCAAUUUCCUGGAAGAUCUUCAGAGGUUAACAUCACCUAAAGAGGAUUCAUCUGUUGCAAAUUCUUCUAAUAAGUUUGGCAAAGAACCACUUGGAAAAGACAAACCUAACAAGGAAUCCUUAGGGAACAAGAAAACGGAUAAAGUCUCUUUAGGAAAAGACAAAUCUGACAAGGGCUCUUUAGGAAAAGACAAAUCAGACAAGGGCUCUUUAGGAAAAGUCAAAUCAGACAAGGGUUCUUUAGGAAAAGACAAAUCAGACAAGGGUUCUUUAGGAAAAGACAAAUCGGAAAAGGGUUCUCUAGGAAAAGACAAAUCGGAAAAGGGUUCUCUAGGAAAAGACAAAUCGGACAAGGGUUCUUUAGGAAAAGACAAAUCGGAUAAGGCAAAAAGUGGAUGGUCUUGUUCGGAGUGUACAUAUAGGAAUUCACUAAAUAAAACACAUUGCAAGGUUUGUGGGACACUUCACAUGAAGAAAAAGGAUUUUCCUGGCAUGUCACUACAACGACAACAGAGCACGCUUAUGUACGAUAUCCGCAAGACAGAGGAAAACGAUGCUAUGGAACUGUGGCAGCAUAUCACUUUCUUCUGUCGCCAGCAAAAGGAGCCAUUCGUGGAUGACUCUUUUCCUCCUGCUGAUAAAUCCCUGUUUUUUGAUAGUUCUGCACCAUUUACAACAACAACAGUGCAUUGGUGUCGACCUUACGACAUCACAAUGGACCAGGCUGGGGAAGAUGCAAUACCCUGGGCAGUAUACAGGACUCCAAUGCCUGAAGAUAUUUCUCAGGGACUUCUGGGAAACUGUUGGUUCCUGAGUGCCUUAGCUGUGUUAGCAGAGCGACCAGAACUUGUGGAGAACAUCAUUCUGACAAAAGACCACUGUCCUCAGGGGGCUUACCAGGUCCGCCUUUGUAAGGAUGGAAACUGGCAGAUUGUCCUUAUUGAUGAUCUACUGCCCUGUGAUCAAAGGAACAGACUUGUGUUUUCUCAGGCUAAAAGAAGACAACUUUGGGUGCCUCUGAUUGAGAAAGCUAUGGCUAAGCUACAUGGUUGCUAUGAGACAUUGAUUGCAGGGAAGUCUAUAGAAGGCCUAGCAACCUUAACAGGUGCUCCAUGUGAAAACAUUGAACUUCAAGAUAACCAGCAGAGGGAGGAAGAUAUUGACCCCAACUUCAUUUGGGCACGCCUGCUGAGUUCACGUGAUGCUGGGUUCCUGAUGGGAGGAUCCUGUGGAGGAGGCAACAUGAAGGUGGAUGAUGAGGGCUACGAGGCUGUGGGACUACGACCACGACACUCCUACUCCAUCCUGGAUGUGAGGGAUGUAGAGGGAAAUAGGUUACUGCGACUGAGGAAUCCCUGGGGACGGUUCUCCUGGAAUGGCGACUGGUGUGAUAACUCAGCCUGCUGGGACACAAUUAGCUAUCACGCUAAAGAGGACCUGAUGCUGCAUGGUGACACUUCAGGCAUUUUCUGGAUAUCCCUCAGUGACCUCAUGAUAUAUUUUGACAGUAUUGACAUCUGUAAGGUGCGAUCUGAUUGGAGGGAGACUAGGAUCAAUGGGACCCUGCCAGCCAAUGCCAGAGAGUCUUUUAAAUUGGUGAAGCUAACAGUGUUUUAUACCUCGGAGGUGGAGAUAGGUCUGUUCCAGGAAAGCAUGAGGAGUACCAAGGCAGAGAGUAAGAGCCCAGCUGACCUGUGUGUACUGAUACUACGGGACUCGUCCAACACUAUCCAAGCCUUUGGCCCUUUGGUGGAGAGCAGCCAGCGACAGAUCAAAAGUUUUGUUGGCUGUAGUAAGAUGCUGGAACCAGGGGAGUACAUUCUCGUCCCUCUUGCCUUCAACCUGUGGACUCUCAGUACCAAACCAGUGGUGAAGCAUGACUUUGUGUUGACAGUCCACAGCUCUAAGGCUCUGAUGGUGGAGGAGAUAGACACAAGUCACCCUAGGUACCAGUACGCACUGGCCAACGCUGUGACGGAACUGGCUGUGGCUAAAGGCAAACGGGAAGGAGUGAGGGAAUCAGUAACUGUGUACUCACUCAUGCAUGGCUGGGCAGGUGGAUUUUUUGUGGUAGAAAAUAGAAAUGCUGACCGAUGUCUCCAUAUAAAAUGUGACUGUACAGAGAGCUCCAAUGUGGUGUCCACCAGAGGGGUGCUCAAGACUGCAGACUGUAUUCCUCCCCUACACAGACAAGUGUUGAUGAUACUGAGCCAGCUGGAACGCAGUGCCCCCUACCACCUGUCUCGCCGACUGGUUCAUCGCUGGGACCGUGGGCCAACUGGACUUGGGGACUGGGCAUCACCUGGUGUGAAUCAUGAUCCUCUGCUUACAGCUCACGUAAUGGGCCUCCACACACCCCGACCUCUGUAACAUACAUGUCAGUAGAUACAGUUCAGGACCUUGACAUCUGCGACAGCCUGUCUGUAAGGCUAGCAGAGUUCAUAACCCUGACCAAUGUGACAUGCCUAGCUGUCAAUCAACACAAAACUGUGCAAACCACACCUUCUACAAUGUGAUUGGAAAUUAUUAUUAUAAAGAUGUUAUAUUGACUAUUGUGUUAGAUUUGUUGGCUCUGAUAACAUACUGUAUAACACGAAAUGUUCGUGGAUACUUUCCUUCGUGGUUUGUAGAAACGUAUAUCAUUCAAAUUUGUUCUAAUUUUUUUGGUGGUUCAAAAGCAACCACGAAUAUUUAUACACAACAAACAUUUCAUGUUAUACAGAAAUGUUACUGUAGCUUAUAGCUAAUGAAGGUACACUCGUGAUCAAUGAAAUAUCUGAGGUGAUACCAGUUGUUGAGUUGGUGAGAGUUGACUCAGUGGACAUGAAACUGGAUAAGUCAGUCAAAGUGGAAGAAGUUGGUUUCAGUUUAAUGGUGGCAGCCAGUUGCAAUUAGAGAGGCCAAUGAUAAUGCGAAGGGUCAAGGACAUAAUGUGUUCAUGAGUCCAGAGAAGGGGAUCUAUUAUGUAUCGGUAAAUAGUAAAUUGAUGUCACUACAAAAAAUGUGAGAAAAACAAUCGUGUCACAGUCUUACCAUACGGUACAGUAUGUCUUAAUCUAAUCAUGUUGCAAAACUUGUCUCAGUAAAGAAGACUUUAUUGUUAUGUACAUAUUGUUAUCAAAACACUUGACAUGUUGUAAAUUGUGCCAAGGCUGCACAUUUAUUUAAUUUUCUUUUACUAGCUAUAAGAUUGAAUGACAGUGUCAAGUGUGAUUUAAGUAAAGUGGAUUCAUAAUGUGCAAAUGUUAACAUUUUUGUUAAUUUACGAACCAUAUAGGUUUGAAAUAUGUAUGUAGUUUGACCUUUGAACAGUAUGGAUGUGGAAACACUUUUAGUAUAAAAAAGAAUUUACGGUUUAAUUUAGUAUGCAAAUUGGAAAGCAUUUUUGUUUUAAAAAAUGCAGCAUUUGUAUUCAGUGGUUUUACAUUGAAAUUACACAUCAAAGGUGAGUUUCCACUAAUGUUAGGUUUAGGUCAACACUUUCACCCCUAGGUAACUUAAGUAGACUCUACCAUGCAUUUAACGGGAUGAGUCCAUUAUGGUCUACGGUGGUGAAAUAUAAGGCUUAGCAUUGUUGUAAGCAGUUUUAGCAAGAACUCCUAUUAAACUAUCAACAUGAUAGUUUUAAAAAAGUAAUGUUCUGUGACAUCAAGUGUUGCAGAACAACUUUUAGUGUUGUUGCACUUUUUUUUCUGUUUUAGAGAUGAACGGAUAUACAGCAGUGUUUUAAUUGAAUGAUUCCAUUAAGGGAGGAAAUCUGUAAAACAUCUUGAUUUUAGCAAAUCUCCUAUUUCCAUAGUAGGACACCCUGCACUGCUACCUCAGCCACUGUAACUAGCUAUUCCAGUAUUUUGGUUUAUUAUUUCGACUCUUAUCUUUUGAUUUUGAUUUCACUAGCGUUAUUUCUUGAAAGUUCUAUACUUUUCCGGUACUUAAAAAAAAACCACCAUACUGUUUUCUGUCCUUCCAAAAGUUAUUUUUUCCCAAACUUGAGUUGGAAUCUAGGUACUUAUACAAUAGUUGCAUUCAUUUUGGUUUUUGAAAUCAUAAUUUUUAAAUGUUCUUUUUCCGUUAAUUUUCUUAUGUUUUAGUUGAAUAAGUCAUAUUUUUUUACUUUUAAUUUCCAAUGAUUUUGUUCGCUUGUUUGGUAAAGUUUUACCUGCAGGUUGUUAGCCAUCGCAAGGUUGUUAUUAUCGUCACAAGGUUGUUAUUGUCAUCAUCAUUAUUUUUGUUGUUAUUCUUAAUUUUCAAUGUUAAUUGGUUUAUAAUGAUUUUCAUAAAUUAAUAUGGAAUGAUAUCUUCACAUUUUGAAUAAAGACAAAGAAAUGUUCAACAAAAAACCCUUAUAGGAUGAUAGUCAGGUGUUCCAAGCAUCACAAGUAAGCUAGCCCUUUUAUUGGCCGACUAGUUUCACAGCUCUAUCCCAUAUAGCUGAGGCUACUUCAGGACAAACUGAAUUCUGAUUAUACAUUCCUUUUGGUACAUAUAAACAUAUGACUGAUAUGUUGCAAGCUAUAUAUAAUGAUCUAUCUGUAAAAUAGAAUAGGAGUCAACCAAAUUUUGAAAUAUAGGUUGUGGACUUCCAUCACGCCAGUUAUCUCCACUCUUGAAAAACUUUUUUGAUGGAAUAUAAUGAUAUUGGAUUUGUGCCUGUCUGUCCAUUUACAUUCCUUGUCAAGAUGCUAACUUCAGAAAGAAUGAUUGUAUAAAGCUCAAACUUGGUAUGUUGGUUGCCCAAGGGAGGAGGAAGACCCCUAUUGAUUUUGAGUGUGAUUCAUCAAAGGUAAAUAUUGUUGUUCAUAAAAACAGAAUUUUCUUAUCCAGAUCCUGACUUAAGAACAAAUUAUCCUGGUAUGCUCAAACUAGAUAUGCGAGUUGCUCUAGGGUAAAGGAAUAACCUUAUUGAUGUUAAGGUGUCAUUUGUCAAAGGUCAAGAUUGUUCCUAAAAUUAGAAUUUCACAUGUGAAUUACAAUUCACCUGUCCAGAUGCUAAUUUCAGGACAAAUAAUUGCAAAAAACUCAAAGUUAUACAUGGCUUAAUUGCCCUAGGAAAGGGGAAAGAUGGGCACAGUUCAUUAAAAGUCAAGGUCACUGAUUAAGAUACUUUAAUUUUCUUGUUUUUACAUGGAUACUAAUAUAAGCUCAAAUAUGGUUUGACCUAGGGAAGUGGGAAAACCCUAUUGAUUUUGUGUAUGGGCCAUCUAAGGGCAAGGUCACUCUUAUUGAAAACAGAAAUUUGUCCCAUCCUAACUUAAGAACGUAUGAUCCCACAGAGCUCAAUGAGAGUUGUCCCAAACGAGAGGAAGAAUCCUAUACAUUUUGGACUUGGUUUGUCCAAGUCAGUGUUACUGAAAAUAGAAUUGUCUAGAACCAACUUAGAGGUAACAGCUACAAACUUACUACUAUAAAUAGGGCUGCUCUCUCAUUAAUAUUAGGAUUCACACUUAAACAUUUAUUUGAAAGCAUACAAUAUUGUGUUAAAUGUGUUAAAAAUCUAUUGAUGAGAAAUUAUUAGAUCUCCAUUCACAAUGAUUUAUUUCCAUUUACUUUCUUCUGCCUGCUGCUCCUAAAAGGGUGCAUGUGAUGUAACUUUUCAGUCUGCAUAACAAUAUACCCAUGUUGAAAGUACAUGUUGGUAAUUUUGGGUAAAAUACAUUAGUAAUGCAUUAUGUGAUAAGCAUUAUUUUUUUUCAAAAUAAAGUUUCUUUUGAAAUG